GCCGGACUCUUGCUCGCACCUCCCUCCGCCCCUGGCCACCGUGAGCCUCCGCGGACACGCACUUCCUGCGAGGCCUCCGUGCGCACCUUAGCCGAACCGAGCCGAACCCAGCCCUGCACUUCCAAGUCGUUCGCCAUGGUGGACGAGCUGGUGCUGCUGCUGCACGCUCUCCUGAUGCGGCACCGCGCCCUGAGCAUCGAGAACAGCCAGCUCAUGGAACAGCUACGGUUGCUGGUGUGCGAGAGGGCCACCCUGCUGCGCCAGGUACGUCCGCCGAGCUGCCCGGUGCCCUUCCCCGAAACGUUUAGCGGCGAGAGCUCCCGGCUCCCCGAGUUUAUCGUGCAGACGGCGUCUUACAUGCUCGUCAACGAGAACCGAUUCUGCAACGACGCCAUGAAGGUGGCAUUCCUAAUCAGCCUGCUCACCGGGGAAGCCGAGGAGUGGGUGGUGCCCUACAUUGAGAUGGAUAGCCCCAUCCUAGGUGAUUACCGGGCCUUCCUCGAUGAGAUGAAACAGUGUUUUGGCUGGGAUGACGACGAAGAAGACGACGACGACGACGAAGAAGAAGAUGAUGAUUACUAGGCCGGGAGACCCUCGGGCCCAGGGGGGAGGGCCCUGCACGCCGCCAUCCUCUCCCCACCUCCCCUGCCCGGCCCGGAGCUUCCAAGCUCCCUUUCAUCCUCGGAUCCCCUUCCCUACCCCUGCCCUCCGGUUCUCUCCCUCAUCCCCCCCGUAGUGCUUGCCUUUGUUCCAGGAAUAGUGCUGCAGUUACCUGCUGCUGGGGCUUCCCUCUGAAGCGCGCCGCCACCGACUUUGGCCAGCCCCAGGACCCUCCCCUGCUAAUUUGGACUGUGUCUUGAGCCCCAGCUAUAGGGCAGGUCCCUGUUACAAACUGAUCAGACUACGCCAGCCCUGCCCUGCCGACUGCAAGGCCUCCAUCUGCCCAGAGACCUACGCCGCCACUUCACCCCAUCCACCACAUUCCAGCGACAGACCACAGCCUUUGAAAAUAAGGACCAACCUAGAAGAUGCCUGAGUUGGCUGUAUCUCCUCCUCGGACAUUAAUUUGGACAGCUCACCAACCCCUGAAGGGGCCAAUCUUUCAACCUGGUUAGUUUCCUACCUACUCCCAGAGUCCUCCCCUUCCCCACCAGAUUGCUGCUGGGGCCUAGAGUGCCUGGCAGCCAAAUUGUUGACAUUUCUUUUCUCCUAUGCACCAGUUUUGCACAGCUGUCCUUUUUGUUUCAAAACUGCAGCAGUCCCAACAGAUGUGUGCAUUUGGACAAAAAUACUAAAAACAAAACAAACAAAAACAGGCACUCAGCCCAGCUCCUCAAUACCACCUGGAAAAAGCAUUUACAUUCUUUUCAAUAAAUAUCAAGCACUACAAAAAAAAAAAAAAGAGA